AUGGGCUCUAGAGAUAGGGACACAAAGUCCCUUCACAACAAGUUAAAAGAGUACUUCAAGAAAGGUGCAUCGGCGCCUGUCGUGGCACAAAAUGAGCUGGUGGUCACUGCGGAGCUAAGACGGGAGCUCAGCUCGGAGGCGCCGCUGCACCGCCGUCUCCGCGCCAUAAAGGAUGUCGGUGAAAAGAUCCUCCAAUUCCGCGUUCAAGAAGGUGGUAUAGAAAAGAUAUGGGCAUACACAAGAGAUCUACUUGAAGACUCAAAUAUAGAAGCUCGUCAUGCAGCCCUAGGGCUCCUGAGAUGCUUUGCUGAAGGGCAAUCUGAGCUGCUUAUCAUGCGAACUAUUCUAUUCGGACAUCUAAAAGAUACACAUGCCAACCAUCCACCAGAAGAUUAUCAACUGCGCUUCAAAUUACUUUACACAUUAACAAACUCUGGAAAAGAUAUAAAGUGUCUUGAAGAACAGAUUGGGCCGUUCUUGCUGGAAUGGCUACCUCAGAUCCAGACACCAGCACACAUCAUAGAUUUUCUCAAUCUUGUAACGAAUGUGGUCAAAUUUAAUGCUGCAUAUUUAAAUGAGGAAAUUGUUCAUGGAAUUGUAAACAACGCGUGUCACCUGUGCGGGUACUCGGCGGAGGCGGGCGUGGUGCUGGGCGCGCUGUCGCUGCUGGAGGCGGUGGUGUCGUACUCGCUGCUGCCGCGCGACGCGCUGCCCGCCUUCGUGGCCGCGCUCUGCCGCACCGUCAACGUCGAGCAGUACUGCCAGAACAGCCGCAAGUUGAUGCGCAACGUGAUGGGCGCGGACAUGGGGCACUGCGCGCUGGCGGAGAUGGCGCGGCUGGUGCGCGCGGCGGGCGGCGGCGGCGCGGGCGACGAGGCGGCGGGGCUGGCGCGCGGCGCCGUGUUCUACAUCAACAUGGCGCUGUGGGGGCCGCGCCGCGUGCGCGCGCUGCACGUCUCCUUCCUCGCCGUGCUGCCCGCCUUCCUCAAGGCGCUGGCGGGGCGGCAGGCCGUGGUGACGUACGAGGUGGUGGUGGCGCUGCAGAGCCUGGUGGCGCGCGCGCCGCACGAGCUGCACGCUGUGGCCUGGGACCUGCUGCUGGACAUCGUGCGCGCCGUGCUGCAGCAGGACAAGAGCUUCGAGCCGCGCCACGAGCCCAUCCACAGCCAAGUGCACGAGCUGAUCUCGUCCAUCGAGGCGCUGCACCAGGCGGGGCAGUUCGCGGGCGACGCCGACGCGCUGCUCGACCUCAUCGACUACUGCGGCCACGACAGACCCGAGGCGUCGACGAUGCGGCUGAUCACGGAGCGGUGCGCUAUGCUGCGCGGUGGCGACGCGGGCGCGGCGCUGGCGCUGGUGGAGCGCUACGUGCGCGCGGAGCGGCGGCGCGCCGUGCGCCUGCACGCGCUGGGCGCCGUGUGCGCGUUCGCGCGGCGCCAGCGCGCGCACGGCGACGAGCUGGCCGAGCGCGUGGGCGGCGCCGUGGCCGCGGCCGCCGCGCUGGACGCCGACGCCGCGCUGCGCGCCGCCGCCGCGCGCGCGCUGCCGCCGCUCGCCAAGCUCUGCUCCGCCGACGCGUGCAUAGACCUCAUCGAUCAUCUCGAGAAGAUCCUGAACCGUCCGUUCGAGAUGUACGUGUCGGAGGUGCAGUACGGCGCGGAGGCGGACACGGGCGACCUGCGGCUGGCGGCGGCGGGGCUGCUGGAGCUGCUGCACGAGCGCCUGCUGCGCGCGCCGCCCGCGCCCGCCGCGCGCGCCUUCCUCGUGCUGCUCGACCACCUCGACCACCACUACCGCCGCCCGGCGCUGCUGCACCACCACCCGGACAUACGGCUCAAGAUCUUCGACAUGCUGUUCGCGCUGCGCGCCAACGAGUUCAACAUGGUGGGGUUCUGCUACGAGCAGGCGGCGGGCGGUGCGGGGGGCGGCGCGGUGUACGGCGCGGCGGCGCUGCGCCUGCGGCCGCGCUGCUCGCCGCUGCUGCUGGCCGAGGCGCCGGCGCCGCGCGUGCGCGCCGCCGCAGUCGCGCGCGAGCCGCCGCCCGGCGCGCUGCUGCUGCCCGUGGGGCGCGCCGCGCACGCGCUCACGGCGGCGCUCACACGCGAGGCGGACUGGGCCGUGCUGGCGCACGUGCUGCGCGCGCUGCCGCAGCUGCUGAACGCGCGCGCGCUCGCCGUCGGCCGCCGCGCGCAGGACCUCGACCUGCUCGCCUCCACGCUCUGCUCCAUGGUGUCCGACCGCAGCCCGUGCUUCCCGGACGGCAUCCGCGCGGGCGCGGCGGCGGGCGGCGCGGGGGCGGCGGCGGGCGGCGCCAAGCUGCUGGUGUCGGAGUUCCACGCGACGGCGCUGCCGGCGCUAGCCGCGCUGGCCUCCUACCACGCCUACCUGGAGCCGCAGACGCAGCAGCGCAUCGUGCGCUGUCUGCUCAAGUACGGCAUGGUCCUGCGCACGCCGCAGCCGUACAUCAACGCGCUGACCAUGUUCACGCUGGAGACGCGGGACACCAUGGUGAAGAUGCUGCCGGAAGUGCUCCUGGACCUGUCCAAGAUCUCCGACACGCAGGCCAUUGCCAGCCCCAUGCUGGAGUUCCUCUCGACGCUGACGCGGCUGCCGCACGUGUUCGCGUCGUUCGUGGAGGACCAGUACAUGUCGGUGUUCGCCAUCCUGCUGCCGUACACCAACCCGUCGCGCUACAACCACUACGUGGUGUCGCUGGCGCACCACGUCAUCGCCGCCUGGUUCCUCAAGUGCCGCCUCUCCUACCGCCGCAACUUCGUGCGCUUCAUCAUACACGGGCUGCACAACUACAUCAUUAUGCCAUUCGAGGAGCAGCUGCAGUACAAGAGCAACAACAGUUUCCAGCCGCCCGGUGCCAACGAGGACUCCUCCAACCGGCAGCGCAGCUCCAGUCUCGGGUCGAAGGCGGUGUCGCGCGCGCCGCUGGCGGGCGGCGCGGGGGGCGCGGGCCGCGGCGGCAGCGCGCCCGCCGCCGUCCACGUGGAGCUGACGGAGACGUGCGUGGACCUGCUCGCCAGAUACGCCUUCACGCCCUGCUCCGUCAAGCCGCAGAGGAGCGACACGGCGGAGUUCCUGUUCAACGGCGGGCAGUCCACCACGUGGCUGGUGGGGCACAAGCUCAUCACCAUCACCACGUCCGGCUGUCAGCAAAACUCCAUCAAGCAGGGCCUUUGCGAGAGAUGCGCCACGCUGUGCCGCCAGCACGCGGAGAGCGCGGCCAGCCCGCUGCCCGGCGCCGCGCCCGCCGCCGACGGCGACGCCGCGACCGCGGUGCAAGUGAACGACAGCUCGGAGCACGGCCAGCCCAGCAGCAACCACCUGCAGGUGCACAACCACGCGCCCGAGGUCAAACGCUACAGCAAGUACUCGCUGCAGCACAGCCGCUCCACCGAGACCUCCUGCUCCUCCCUCUCCAUCUCCGAGCUGCAGCCGCCCUCCAGCGGAUACACCACCAGACAAAAUUCAGCCGAGAACAAAACAAGCGAUCCAGUUAUAGAUGCUCUAAAUCAAUUUUCACAACGAUUCGAGAGAAUAUCCAAAGAAGUGGAAGAGGAGGAGGGCGCGUGGCUGCGCGCGGGCGCGCUGGCGGCGGCGGGCGCGUGCCCGUGCUGGUGCGCGCGCUGGGCGGAGCUGCACGUGCGCUCGCCCACCGGCGACGUGUCCUGGCUGCUGCGUCUGCAGAACCGGAUCAGCUCGUCGCAGCUGCAGGAGUGGCCGCUGCAGGACGUGCUGGCGCUGCUGUCGCCGCCGCUGGCCGACCUCGGCCUCGACGACCGCCUCGACCCCACGUCCGAGGGCUCGCCGCGCUCGUCGCACUCCGCGUCCGCGUCGCAGCGCUCGCACGCGCCCGACCUGCACAAAUCUAGCUCGGACUCGGUGGUGGGCGGGGAGCGCGCGGCGCGGGGCGGUGGCGCGGGCGGCGCGGGGCGCGCGCGCGCCUGCACGCAGCCCAUCAACAUCCCGGGCUCGCCGCAGCGCCAGAGCUCCUCCAGCACCACCGACGACGACGACAUGUUGCUCAUCGUGCCCGAGGGCAAGUCGCGGCACCCGGUGCGGCGCUCCAACUCGUCGCCGGAGAUGUCGUCCUCGUGGAAGGGCGGCGACGCGCGCGCCGACGACGACCUGCUGCUGCUGCCCGCCGUCGAGCCCGCCAGCAGCACGCCCAUGGCGAUGCACGCGUCCAAGAAGGCGAACAAGAAGAGCGACAUGCGCGUGUCGUGCGAGGCCAUCCCCGAGGAGAUGUGCGGCACCUCGCCGCAGCCCGCGCCCCACGCCCACGCCCACGCCCAGGCCCAGCCAAACCCACACCCACACCCGCAUCCGCACCUCAUGACCUACAACUCAGACCCAGUGUUAAAAGACCUAGUAAUAUCACUUACUACAGGAACGACGGGUCCGGAGGCGGAGGCGGAGCCCCCGGCGGACGCGGGCGCCGCCGCCGCGCACCACCAGCUGCAGAAGACGAGCAGCGACAGCCGCGUGACGCUGGGCGGGGACGAGCUACCGCCGCUGGCGCGCUCCAAGCGCUCCAACACCAUCUCCGUCAUGAGCCCCACGCGCCGCCACCGAGAGCUGAACCGCACGCAGGCAGCUAGCAGCGCGGGCGGCGGCGGCGGCGGCGGCGUGGGCGGUGGUGGGGGCGGCGCGGCGGCGGGCGGCGGCGUGGCGCCCUCCUUCGUGUUCCUGCAGCUGUACCACAACAUGAGCACCUUCCCCAUAUCGCCCACCGUGCCCGGCGAGGCGCCGGCCAGCCUCAGCCCGCCGCUAGAGCGGCCGCUGAAGGUGUCGGGCGCGCAGCACGAGCGCACCAUCAAGAACCUCGACCUCGUGCCGCCCGUCGAGACCUACAAGGUGGGAGUUCUAUACGUGGGUCCGGGACAGCAGGACGAUGAAGUAGCUAUAUUGAAAAAUGAAUAUGGCAGUGUAAGAUAUAUGGAUUUCCUCCGGCUCCUCGGCACGCUGGUGCCGCUGGAGGGCGCGGAGGAGCCCAACCUGUUCCUUAAUUUAGAAAAAGGUGGUAAGGAUGGCCGAUACGCGUACGUCUGGAACGAUGACAUCAUGCAGGUGCUGUUCCACGUGGCGACGGCGAUGCCGUGCUCGGCGCGCGACCCCAACUGCAACGAGAAGCGCAAGUACAUCGGCAACGACCUGGUGUCCAUCGUGUACAACGACUCGGGGCACGACUUCAACAUCCACACCAUCAAGGGUCAGUUCAACCUGUGCAUCGUGGUGGUGGAGCCGCUAGCGCACGGCAUGAACCGCGUCGCGCUCAAGAGCAAGGACGAGCGCCUGCGCGGCAAGUUCCUGGCGCACGCCGCGCCGUACUGCGUCAGCGACGCCAACGUGGCGCUGCUGGCGCGCCAGCUGGCGCUGCACGCCGCCCUCGCCGCCCUCAUCAGCCAGAGCCUGGCGCUGGGCGGCGCGCCCUACGCCUCCAACUCGCUCGAGCGCCUGCGCCUCAUCAAGCGCCUGCGCGCGCGCGCCCGCCCGCCCGCGCCCUACUCCGCGCCCUACUCCUCCGCCGACCCGCGCCGCCGCCUCACCAUCGACGACUUCAACGACUACACC